UGCAAGUGGGAAAGGGCCUACAACAAGCCGGUGUUUUCCAACAAGUCACACCAGGCCAUAUGUAUCAAUCACCCUGCAGCUGUCUUCGUAUAAUUACAUAAAACUGUACAAAGAAAGUCUUCUGUUUUAAGCAAUGGUGGAAGAUAGGUGAAACUGUGCGGAAUUGACAAGGGUUCCGGUCGAUCAACAUCUUUAUAGCUUUUCAGGCUAUGAAAAAAGAAAUUAAGCUUCGCUAUGGCAUCUCCUUCAGCUGCUUCUUGCAUGCUUCUUUAGUCUGCGUUCUGCUGCUGUGCGGCGCCAGAUGCGAGACUUACACGGUAGGUGAUGAGGAUAAUUGGAGCAUUGGAGUCAACUAUCUCGCCUGGUCUACCAAGUACAACUUCACGGUUGAUGAUAUUUUGGUUUUCAAGUAUACAAAAGGGGAACAUAAUGUGUAUGAAGUGAGUGAGGCCACCUUUCGAUCUUGCGAUGCAAGCAGCGGAGUUGUGGCAAAAUACACAACUGGAAGCGAUCAAAUUGAGCUCAAAGAAGCCAAGGAGUAUUGGUUUAUUUGUGACAUAUCUGGGCACUGUCUGGAUGGGAUGAGGUUUGGUGUCGAUGUAAGUCAAGCAGGCGCAGCCAGCAAUACUACUGCAUCAGGAACGUCUGCUUCAGCUCCACUGCCGUUCAAUCCAAACCCAAAUAAUGCAUCCGAAAGAGGGACUUCUGUGAUUUACCUUCUUCUUGUACUUGAUUUACUAUUGAAAUUUUUUGAUGAUGCUAAAUAUUUAUACUAGUAUGAUGUAGAGAACUUUUUUUUUAUUAGGGUAUGUAACUGAAAAGAUUGAAGUGAUUGUCAGUGGAUGCUGUGUUUGAUAUCCAAUACUACUACUAUUUGCCCAGUCUUGCUCCUAUUCUCUCUCACUAGCUGCCGUUAGCAGUAAAGGGCUCUCAAAACAAAGGAUUUAGAAGGAAAAAGUGGAUCCAUUGUACUGCA